AUGACUGACAGAAGCGAUUCGCCUGCUAUCAGCUCUCAGGAUCCUCUCCGAAAGGAGGAUGUGGACGGAAACAGCCGUGAGUCCGAUGAGACAACCAACCCCUCCCAGGAGCCAGUUUCUACCAAAUCUUCCGCAACAACGAGCGCAAGCUCGUUAUCGGGUAUUAACGAGGGGCCGGAAUAUCUCCCCGACGAAGACUCUCCCGGCAGCUCCAUUAUUGAGGGCAACUUGCCCCGAGGCGCGUCGAUGCAGCAGCUUCAGUAUCGCAAGCAGGAAUAUCCACCCCGUGUAUCAAGUGUUCCGACCGAUGGCAUCCGCACUCCCUCUAACCCGGAAUUGGUGGACAGCGCAGGCAAUAUCAAGCGCCACCUGACUCCCACGUCCAACAACAUAAGCAGAAGCUCCCUACCGCGUCCUCAGUCUGCCUACUCUGUGCUCUCCGAUGGGCAGCGAGGGCGGUCGCCUGCUUUGAUGCCUGGUGGCUCGCAUAUGCGCGCUCCGUCAGUCCAGUCGCGAAAGUCGCCCGAUGUCCGCAAUUCAACAUACGCCGAGCUUCUCAAUGUGCCUUAUCCUCAGCAGGCGCCCCCGCCCAUCACCAUGGACAACUCGGGGCUUCGGAAUGUAGUAGGCAACAAUGCCUCACUGCUUAGUGUACAAAAGACACUUGAGAUGUACCGCCAGAAUGUCAAGAAGACCAACGAUUUUACCGUUCAAUAUUCUUUCGCUGUCUUCCUGAUUUCCGUGGCUCAGGAGCAGGGAUUGGACUUUUCUGAUCCCAAGGGCCGCAAGAACAGCCCGCAGCCGUUCCGCGACCUGGACAGCCCCAUUGUCGAGGCCACCGUGGCUAGCCCUACUGAACUAGUAAGGGAAGCCAAGCAGAUCUUGCAGCGGCUGGCCAGCGGAGGUUAUCCGUUUGCACAGUACUAUUUGGCCGAUGGUUUUGCCUCAGGGCUCUUUAACAAGGGCAAAGAAGAUUACAAUCAAGCGUUCCCUCUCUUCGUCCUUGCCGCUAAGCAUGGCCAUGCUGAGUCCGCAUAUCGAACGGCCCUUUCUUAUGAGUUUGGCUGGGGUUGCCGGAAGGACCCUGCCAAGGCGGUUCAGUUCUUGCGCACGGCUGCCUCUAAGAGGCAUCCAGGAGCCAUGACCCGCCUUGGAAAGGCAUGCCUUUCCGGAGAUUUGGGCGAGAAGAGGUAUCGCGAGGGCAUCAAGUGGCUGAAGCUGGCUGCGGAGUCUGCUGACCUGCAGUACAACGCCGCCCCUUACCAGCUAGGAUGCUUGUACGAAACGGGCUAUGGCGACGACAUAUUUCAAGAUCUGAGCUAUGCGGCCGAACUGUACACACAAGCUGCAGAGCUAGGCCACCCCGAAGCCAACUUCCGUAUGGGUGACGCCUAUGAGCAUGGCCACCUCAACUGUCCACGAGACCCGGCGCUCAGCGUUCACUUUUAUACGGGUGCUGCUGAACGUGGACAUGCUCCCGCCAUGAUGGGCUUGUGUGCCUGGUACAUGGUUGGGGCUCCGCCGAUGCUAGAGAAAGACGAAGAGGAGGCGUAUGAAUGGGCUCGCCGGUCUGCCGAUAUGGGUUUCGUCAAGGCCCAGUACGCCAUUGGAUACUUUACGGAGAUGGGCAUUGGUUGCAGACGAGACAUUCUCGAGGCCAAUGUUUGGUACGUCAAGGCUGCAGAUGCGGGCGAUGAGAGGGCCAAGCAGCGGUUAUCCAUCAUCCAAGCAGCGGUGAGCGGCCAGGGAACUCCUAUGGAGGUUGCCGCCCCAAGAAACGGCAAACUAUCAAAAGGAGGCAAAGACGACAAGGACUGUGUUGUCAUGUGA